AGUUUUGCUUGAGAGUUCGAAUAAAUACCUCUCCAAGGAGUCAUUUGAGUAAAUCACAGUAAUUUUAUUCCCUCAUUGAUCACGAGAACCCAAGAAAAUGCUGCUCUCGUUCAAGCAAAUUAGAGUUAUUAUUAUUAUGGAGAAGCUCGGCUGACUUUCAACGCUGAGCGGAGCCAGACGAGAUUCGAGCUGAUUCGAAUCGCAAAAAGUACAAAAAAAUCAAGACUUGGUGUAGUUGCACUUAAGUUCCGUGGGAUUGUAAAGUUACAUGAAAACCAUAAUAUUUUAUACUGUACAUAAAGCAAACCAACCACACAUUUUCUGAAACAUUUUUAUCAUUUACUACUUACUUCUCAAUACAAACUAAUUUUACUGGUGUUUUUUACAUGGACAAACUAAAGCCUAAGCGUAAAAAUUUUGUUUUGAACAUAAAACAGUUGUGGUGUAAAGGUGCGGAUAGAUGAAAGGCGUAACGACCUUCAUCGUAUAAAUAAUUCCAGUAAAUAAUUAACAAUUCAAAUACGUCGUUGAAGUGUAGGAGUGCAUAAAAUACCCAAAAUAUUACCAAUACGAACAGAUGUGGCUAAUUAAUUAUGAAUUAUAAAUUAUAGACAAUAAUAAUAAAUCUCCACCCAGUAGCAUCAUAUAGUUACCUUCGUCAUUAUUGACCACAUAAUAAAUUAUCCUGAAAAAUAGGUUUGACUUUAGUCCAACUUGGGUUCGAUUUCGAUUUUAGACAGCAUAUGAAAAGCCUUGCUUUGCAUACAAAGUAACUUACAUCAGUCAACCUGAAACUUCUUUUCAGUGCUAAAAUACUUGCGUCAGUUCUUUCGGCAAGCAAUUUCAUCAAGAUCUUUCAAUUAAUCCUUUCAUCAUCAUAAAAUAUAUCACCCACAUUCUACAAACUUUGACGACUCUACGACUGGGAGCUAGUUUAAAUCAACAAAGUUUUAUAUACCUCCCUACAUAUACAUGCAUAAGUGCAUACAUACACAUGUACCUAUACAUAUGCUUUCUGCAUAGCAGUUAAAUUAUCCUUGAGAUUGACGCCAGGUUCUGCCUGUGGUUUUAUUACAACUUUCAAUCAGGAUUAAGUAAGCUCAAGGAAUUCGAUUUGUGUAUACGCAGCGAUUUAGUCUUUCAAUAAAAUGAAGUCAGUGAGAAUUCAGCAGUAGAUAUUCUUUAAGAUUGCUUGUAUUGUGCUACAUACAUUUUUUUAAGAAAAGGGAAUUUGUUAUCCACAAAGAUACAGAGUUCAAUCCAUUUAAGGCAAAUUUUAAACUUGAUCAGGUGGGUUUUCAACUGUGUCAAUCUUCUCAUCCACAACAAAACUGUCAGUGAAGAAGGGUGUAAUUUUUACCACGGAGCUGGAAACAUUGAGCAUCACAGUGCAGCAUGACCAACAACACGAUUUUGUCGUUCGUGGACGAGACCAUGUUAUUCUUGUGUUGGGAAAGUUCUCAAAUGCGCAACAUCCAGGGAGAAAGCUUUCACCGUAAGAACUCCUAUGGCCACUGACUCGAGCUGAUCGGGGCAAUGCAAGCAUAGAAGUUUUCCCUUCUCAUCAGCACAGCUCAGUUGAUGGCUGACGCUAGAGAGAAGAAAGUGAAACACUUUGGAUCUGAAAUCGCAUUUUAUGUGCGUUUCGUCGUCUCAUCAUUCGCCUCCUCAAUCGUCCAGCUCACUGUUUGUGUCUAUGUAUGUGCUGGUGGAAAAUCUGAGAAAACCUUUCUUUGACAGUCUGACUGCUUGUCUAAUCCACGCCUACAAAGUAUUUCUUUAACUGGUUCAAAAUGUCACAGAAUCGAGGUCGAAAACCAAAAUACACAUGUAAAAAGUGCUAAACUAAAGUUGUGCAGUCGUAUUCUGUUUAAGCAAUAGUAUAAAAAAAGUGACUGGAACUGGAACUAAGACGUAUUUAAUAACUAAACUUUAAGAUUCAUAAGCACUCGACACAUGCACACGUAUACAUAUACACAUACAUACAAGCUAUGACAUGCCUGUCAUACUCAUCCUUGACAUUAUCGUGGGUCAUGUAGCCUCACGUUUACAACGACGUUUGUGAAUAAGUGUAGGCAAGAUAAGAUAUAAAUAAAUACAUACAUACAGAUAUUUAGCAAAACAUAGUGCUCAGUAGUUCCAUGAAACAUUAAUAUAAUGUCCUAAAAUGAAUCUUGUGGAACAGAAAUUGGCAUUUUAAGAAUCUGGAUGUUUCCCUGAAUGUAUUCCAAUGAAUUUAAAUGAUACCAACUAAGCGCUGUUUUGGUUGAAAACGUUGUCCUCUUUAUCAAAGUUAUUGAAACUUAGCUUGGCAGCGGAAACCGUAAAUAAGCAGAGUGAGUGAGUUACCGGGAUCCAGCUAUAAUGCAGAUUGAGAUCAUUGGAACAUUUCUGUCACACUAUGCGCAAGUAUCUGAGCUGCUCUCAACAAACAUUUACGAGCGUUUUCACAUUAAGUCUGUAAAGUCUGUGGGUGGUGGUGCUCAUUUUCUGGUUAUUUCUAUUUACAAAUGAAGACAUACAUACGUACAUAAGUGGGCUCAGAUAAGACUUUGAGGAAACUGCGUGCGUUUUCUGUCUGCCACGACGAGGAUAACUUUGAGUUAAGGAUAACAAUUACUAAUGCAACGCUAAUUGAGCCACACAUACACACAGAGAGACGCAAAAGCAACUACGAUGGAAGUCCAUAACAGAUCUUCAUUGUUUGAUACGGCUGAAUUAGCCAAUGUUCACAAUAAAUUUGAUUACUUCGAUCUCGCCUCUCCAUUACACGAGGACAACUUUAGCCUAACUCCAAAUCUCUCUUUGGUGAACACUACGCUUACACCCGCAUCUCCGAGAGACGAGUUUCUCGCGAAAAUUGAGCAAUCUGUUCUCGCCAUAAUUUUCAUUCUCACCAUCGUCGGGAAUUUUCUCGUUUUGAUGGGAAUCUAUUUUAGAAAGCAAAAGAUGACACGAAUGUAUUAUUUCAUCGCCCAUUUAGCAAUUGCAGACCUGACCACGGCGUUCUUUCAAGUUUUGACGCAAUUAGCGUGGGAGGUGACAUAUCGUUUUCAGGGGGGGCCGUUUUGGUGCAAGUUCGUCAAAUACAUGCAAAUCCUUGGGCCAUAUUCAAGUUCGUAUAUCCUGGUCAUGACUGCCCUUGACAGGUAUCAAGCUAUAUGCUUCCCGUUGAGUAACUGUUCGUGGACAGCUCGAAGAUCUAAACUGAUGUUGGGGUCUGCAUGGUUCCUCUCUUUCGCCUGUUGUCUACCCCAGCUCUACAUUUUCUCAUACCAAGAAAUCUCUGAGAAUGUGUACGAUUGCUGGGCCACCUUUCACCCAGGAUGGGGCGAAAAGGCUUAUAUUACGUGGUACACUGUUUCCGUCUUCAUUAUCCCCCUCAUAAUUCUGAUAUUUGCUUACUCAUGCAUUACAAGAGUCAUUUGGCUCAACUUUACCAUGAAGAAUAAUGCUUUCAUUCAAGAACAGCGAAUGAGCAGCAGAACCAGGGAAGAUUCUGAUGAGGUAGAUGAACAUCAGUUUGACCAAAGCAUUGAAGAGAACGACAGCGUUUUCCAUGAAAAUUGUAAAAAUUCAGAGAAAACACAGAAUGACAGAAAAUUGUUAGCCGCCAAAGCUGGAGGAGUAAUCGGCGGUAACUCCCAAAGGCCUAAAAAUCUUGAGGUUUCUUGGCAUCAUAGUAAAUCUGGAUCUAGCACAACCAAAACGUCAACGUCCCCCAUUCUGGGUUCACCCGACAACGACUCACAAGGGAAAGAGGUUCAGAAUUCUUCAUCUCAAAAUACUGAGACUGGGGGGCAAAGUACAGCGAACAACUGGAAUCCGUCUGGCGUUCCACAUGAGAGUCAUCCCCAUUCAAUGGUUCACUUCCAACAGACGACACCUCCUGAUUCUGCUGACAUGUCCUUAGCACAGCAGAUGACGAGUUCCAACUCAUCGGGCUCUAGUACCACGAUUACAAAGAAAAAGCGCCACACAUGGCGAAGUGUAUCAAUGUCGUCCACAACAGAGUCCGUAUUCAGCAGUAAGAAAGGUCGCAAGAAGCAAGUUGUGAAUGGGGCUUCCAACCAACAGAAUUCAUCUUUACUACCUCCUCCAAAUGUGAAAGGUCAUCAGAAAGUGAUCAAGAAUCCGUCGCGAACGUACUCAGUGCGGUCUUCAGCGUUGAGCAACAUGAGCCAGCCUCGCACGCACUCGGUACGUGCCAUAAGCCGGGCGAAAAUCAAGACAAUUAAACUGACCAUUACUGUCAUUUGCUGCUAUAUAGUUUGCUCUACUCCAUUUAUGGCCGCGCUUCUCUGGUCUGCAUUUGAUCCUUAUGCGAAAGAACACCCCUUCUUCUAUGGACCAACCUUUACUAUAUUGACUUUGUUAGCGUCCUUAAAUAGCUGCGCCAAUGCCUUCAUAGUUCUCUUCUUCAAUCCCAACUUGAUUCAAAGUUUUGUGAAGGGUACGUUUGGUCGUGUAUGUCACCACUUUGGUCAACACCCCUCAUCACUUAUUGGCUCCCAAAGAAAACAAGUCUUCAACAAUAGGAAACCCGGUACCGCCAACCUGAGCCAAAGACCAAACACAUCUGUCACCGGACUUUCUCCCCUCAUGAACCGCUCUUCUCCUCCCAAAGAAUACGGAAACAAUCGAUUCAAUGGUGGUCAAGAUGGGAUGGAGUUGAUUCCAUCAGCAACGGAAGAAGCAGGAAACGUCGAAAAAGUCGUCGCUGUUGUCCCAUUGAGAUCGUCCAUGUCCUCACGAAAUGGAAAUAAUUAUCCUCGGGGCGGAGAUAGUGAAGCUGCUCCCGUUGAGACGUCCUUUAUUGGCAUCUAAAUGACCAAACUUCUCAAUGUGGUCAAAAGGGUCACAGAGUGAGUACGAGUGUGUAUCUAACUGCACUUGCUGCUUUUCUCAGCUCGGGUAUUCCAUUGAACCAGAUAAUGUCUCAAGCUGAGGAGAAAGUGGGAUGAAACCGAUUUGUUUGAUUAACUCGGGGAUAGCAGCCACUGCGAAUUCUGGAGAAUGUGUCAAUUUCCAUGUCCUAGUUUCUGUUGUGGGUGGGCAGCUGGCGACCAGUCGUGAGUUUGUUAAUCAGUAAAUAUGUCAUGAAUUGAUUGUUCUCUUGCGUGUUCUCCAACAGCGUUUGCACACAGGCUUUUUGUUAUAAUUUGUUCAUCACCUCUGAGAGUAAAUGUUUUACAAGCUACGACCAGAAAGGUCUUUUUUCACCACUCUAAUAAUUUUUUAUACAAACACAAUCGUCUUCAUCAUGCACCUUCAUGGAGGAUUUGUUUUAAGGUUAAACCCUUCAUUCAUUGAUUUUGUGUCCCUGUAGGCCUAUAAACAAGCAUUUAGCCGUAAUUGUCUUUUUAUUCAACAACAGAAAACCUGUCACGACAUGAGCCCUGAGAUAAAACCAUGAAAUAUCUGUUUGCAUUCUUGAAGAAUUAUUUAUUUAUGUGUAUAUAUGUAUGUAUACAUACAUAGCUCCUCACUUGCUCCGAUAUCCCCUUCAACUCAUAUUUAUUAGAAAGGAGCAGACUUUCUAAUGCACGGUUGAAGAGCCCUUGGCAUUUGUGCAAUUCGUGUUUUAGUGGUUGUGAAAAAUUUAUAUUAUACGUAGAUAAAUCUAAUUAUACAUAAUGGACCAUGUGUUGUGUACACACUUAAAAUGACUGAAAGGCUUAAAAGAUAUGAAGAUGACGUUGGCUUGACAAGAGUUUUUGCAUAUUUUAUGAGUCGACGCUUAAAACUUACUCCCAUUUCCCAGGCUGAGAAUUCUCCAAAUCCUGGUCGUGCUAAAUUCCAAUGUCAAGGCUCCUUCCUUAGUUUCGCAUGUGGUAAAGAGAUGCAUGGGUCAUUUCACUUACGUUUCAAUGCCAACUUGCAGUAUUUGAAAAUUAUUCAUCGGGUAAAACCAUGUAAUUACGGUAAUGUAAUGUGAAAUGCCGCAUGCAAAUGAUUUCAAUGAUAUAGAGCUGUGUUAUACAUGUAUUUGUGGUUUGCAUGGCUAAUUUCGGCAUAGACGUUGGCAGAAGAGUUGUGUAUAAAUCCCCUUUUUCCAGCACAUGUUUGUGGUUGUAAUCAGUUUCCUUUCUCUCGCACCCACAAACCAACUGGGCUCCUUUCUCCUAAGCUUUCCUCGAGUUGAUCACUCGCUCGCAUUAUCAACCACUGGAAAGGUUGGCGAGGACAUCAAGUUUAUUUAUGACCCGUACUAUACAAUUAAUAGGAGCAGAAAUGGAACCUAUGUACGCAGCGCCACAGCAGUAGUCAGCACUCUAUAAUAUCGCCUAUGAUGAUGACGGCCAACUUUCAUGGCCAGCAUAAUUUUCCAGAAAUCCUCAAAACCAAAUUUGUCCCCACGUUUUUAUCAUCUUCCAAUAACUCCUGGCUGAAUUUGCACUCUCAAUCCUAAAGAGUUUAUUUCUUCACGUACACAUAAUUUAUUUUACUACCUCAAGUUUUAUUUACAUUCCUGAACAGUAUCACUAGGUUAAUCUUUUAAGCAGUUUCAUUUAAAUAUGUAAAUGUUGUGCGACCUUAUUUUAUUGUGCAAGCUAAAUAUUUGGUGCUUUUAAAUCAAAGUUACGGUGGUUCAUUCACUAUGGUAUGAAUGAAAUACAUACAUAUUUUAUAUAAACUUUUACAUAUAUAAAAGGAAUCUAAAUUCGCUGAAAAUGUGAUAAACUAUAAAUUUAUAUAACAAUACUCACUCAGUCAUUUAUGUAACAGUCUGUGAAACUCUUGCUAUUAAUCUUAUAUGUAUUACACGAUUUAUCACUAGAAGAGAGAAGCGUACUUGAUAUUUGUUCUGUAAAUGAUAACACUACUCUAUAUUGGAUAUAUGCGACGAGAGAUUAUGAAAUUACGGUAUUAAAAAUUAUGGCGCUCUUAAUCAAAUCAAUGUGUGAAACUUUAGUUGUUUGUACAUGUUUGUGAAGGAGUAGGGUUAGAUACAAUUCAAAACCAAAUAUUUAUAAGUACUUGUACUGUGAAAGUGCUACAAAGUAUUGUAGGUACACCUACCUCGGAUAAAUUUAAAUACUGUUAAAAACUAUUUAAAAUUUAUAAGUUAAUUUAUGUGAUUUAUAACUACAUCCAAAUUAGAAUAAAUUAUAAACGGGUUAUUUAA